AUGGCAUGGGAUUUGUUGUACAGAGAAUAUCACGGUGGUGAUCAGGUACGAUCUGUGAAAUUGCAAAAUCUGAGACGCGAAUUCGAAUAUGCUAGAAUGCGUGAUGAUGAAACCUUGUCUGGGUAUCUUACUAGGCUAAAUGAGUUGAUAAAUCAGAUGAAAACGUUUGGUGAAAUUCUGCCUAAUGCAAGACUUGUGCAGAAAGUUCUGAUUAGUCUUAGUAAUCCAUAUGAUCCUAUCUGUCUUGUAAUUGAGAAUACGAAGAAUAUAGAGACUGUUGAAUUACAGGAGAUCCUUGCUAUCCUUAAAAGCCAGGAACAACGUUUUGAUAUGCACAUUGUUGAUGCUACUGAUAAGGCAUUUGCCUCCUUCUCUGUGAGCUCAAAAAGACAACAAAACAGGGGAAAUUCUCAGUCCAGUGGCCAGAAGUCUCAGAAGAAUUGGAAUCCUAAGGGGAAACCAUGGGAGUCAAAAGGAAAGACACAUCAGAAUAACACUGCACCAUAUCACAGCUUCAAUUCAUCACAGCCAGCAAAUCAAGAAGCUGUAAAGCCUCAGUGUAAAGUGUGCUUAAAGUACCAUUUUGGAGAAUGCAGAUACAAAGGCAAGCCAAAGUGCUACAAUUGUGACAGAUUUGGUCACUUGGCUAGAGAAUGUACUGCAGCUAAAACAAUGCGAAAGGCAAACAAUGCUAGUCAAUUGGAGAUGACAGGGAAUUUAUUUUAUGCAAAUAGCACAGUCACAUGA